CUCCACCAUCAUGGGACGUCUUCGUCGUUCAAGAGUCCACAAAGCGCAAAGGGAUGUCCACAGAGCCACAAGAACUCGGGUUCGAACGAAAGAUCUGGAUUUAAUUCAAUUAAUCGACCUCGAUCCUAAAAAUCGCGCAGCUCUCGAAGCGCAGCCUCUGGACUUUGAGAAGCCUGGAUUGGCGCAGCACUAUUGUGUUGAAUGUGCAAAAUACUACGAGACCGAUGUCGCCUUGCGGUCCCACUGGAGAAGCAAAGUGCAUAAACGGCGAUGCAAACAACUGAAAGAGCCAGCGUAUACAAUCGAGGAGUCAGAGAGAGCAGCGGGCUUGAGUCGAGAGAAUCGAAGACCAGCGCAUGCGGUCAUCCAGGACGUCGCUAUGUGACGCCAUUUCAGGCCGGUCUUUUCUUUGCUUGUAUCUUGUACGUUCGUAUAUCACACUGGUGAUAUUGUCAUCUUUUCAACGGAUCACGAUGUCAAGAGAACCACUUGUACCUACGUGGACAUAGUUUGUCGCAAUGGAAAAGUAACAAAGUGUGUUUGCAAAUAAC